GUGAAGCUGUGUCGUUAGAAGGGGGUCAGUUCAUGCCGAGGUUCACUCUGAGGCGCUUAAGCAACCACCCAUUGCCUGCAAAAGUCAAAAGUUUAUCUCAGGGCCUCAGAUGGAGCCCAGGGAAGCCACUGGGAAGGAAACCAUGGCAAGCAAGAGAAAGAACCUGACCUUCUUGAGACCCAGGCUGUACAUGCUGGAGAGGAGGAAGACAGACACUGUGGUGGACAGCAGUGUUCCUGGGGACCACUCUGGCACCUUGAGGAGGAGCCAGUCUGACAGGACCGAAUACAGCCAGAAACUACAAGAAAAGAUGACUCCGCAGACUGAGCGCCCCUCCACUGAGACCCCAACCCCUGAGGAAGAGCAACAGAUGGGAAAGAUGAUGGCAAAGCGGGCCAAAAUCAUCAGGGAGCUGAUACAGACGGAGAGGGAUUACGUCACGGAUCUGGAGCUGUGUGUCAGAGAAGUGGUCCAGCCGCUGAGAAACAAACAGGUUGACAGGUUGGAUGUGGAGGGCUUGUUUAGCAACAUCGAAUCCGUCCACCAGAUAUCUGCCAAGCUACUGUCCUUGUUGGAAGAGGCCACAACAGACGUGGAACCGGCCAUGCAAGUAAUCGGAGAGGUAUUCUUGCAGAUCAAAGGACCACUGGAGGAUAUUUAUAAAAUCUACUGCUACCAUCAUGAUGAGGCCCACAGUGUACUGGAGUCCUACGAAAAGGAAGAAGAGCUGAAGCAACAUUUGAACCACUGUAUCCAGUCCUUAAAGAAUAUAUAUAUGCAAGAAGGCAAACCAAACCUGCUGGACAUGGGCUCUUUGAUGAUCAAACCUAUUCAGCGCGUGAUGAAAUACCCCCUGCUACUUUGUGAACUUCGGAACUCGACACCUCCCUCCCACCCCGACUACAGGGCCCUGGAGGCAGCCUUCGCUGCUGUGAAGGACAUUAACGUUAACAUCAAUGAGCUGAAAAGAAGGAAAGACCUAGUUCUGAAAUAUAGGAAGAACGAUGAGGACGAAUCACUCAAAGACAAACUAUCCAAAUUGAAUAUUCAUUCAAUCAGCAAGAAGUCAAAAAGAGUCACAAAUCAUCUGAAGAUCCUGACCAGAGGAGAGUCACAGGUGAAAGACAAUACCUUUAACAGGGAAGAAAAGCUUUUUAGGUCACUAGAGAAGACUCUGAGGCUUUGCAUGAAGCACAUCUCAUCCUGCCUUCAGCACAUAGAGGCCAUGCCCUUCCCUCUGCAGAGUGUGGCGGAACUCCGUGAGAUCUCAUACAAGGAUGGAGAGACGAACAGCGGGGAACCCCAAAACCACGCUUCCAAUCCCUGCCAAGACUUUGUAGCUCGCUCUCAGAGACUCAUCCUGAGCCCCCUGUCAGCCUUGCUGUCCUUAUUCCCAGGACCUCAGAAGCUCAUCCAAAAGCGCUACGACAAACUACUUGACUGCAAUAGCUCCCUGCCGCGGUCAGCAGCCGACGAAUCAGACUUGGCCAAAAGGGAGUAUGAGGCCCUCAACGCCCAACUUGUGGAAGAGCUCCAGGCAUUCAACCAGGCCGCCAGGAAGAUCCUGUUGAACUGCCUGUGUAGCUUUAUCACCCUCCUCCGGGACUUGAUGCUGGUGGCUCUGCAGGCUUAUUCGACAGUGAAGCCAGUGCCUCUGCCGGUCUUAAGCAUCUCAGAGAUUCAAAAUCGAGUGCUGGAAGAGGUUCAAAACCUGAGUUUUGUAAAGGACAACAGUGCCACCUUCAUUGAGAGGAAACUUAGCUUUGAAAAGAAGAAGACUGCUCAGAGUCUGCCAGAGGUGCCACAUCAAACUGACGAUCACCGCUCCAAACUUCUGUCCACAUACGGAGCAGAGGAACUCUACCGAGCUAAACGCAAGUGCAAUGCCACCCAGGAGCACGACAUCAAUCUUCUGGAAGGAGAGUUGGUAGCCGUCCUGGAACAGAAGGAUCCCCUGGGGAGUACAAGCAGGUGGUUUGUCGACACAGGAUUUGUGAAAGGCUACGUGUAUUCCUCCUUCCUAAAGCCCUACAACCCAGCGAAGGAGCAGAAGGUGGAUGGUGAGAACAGAUUCUGUGAUGACGAUUUCGAGAAUCUCAGCCUGUUUGUGUCUUGCCGGCCGGCUAGCGACAGUGUCACGGGUGCUCCUGAAGGCAGCAUAAGCGACAGCAGUUCAUCCCUUAGUGGCACUUGUGGGAAGGUUGAAACAAACGGUGCUGACGUUGAUCACCUUCAAGAGGUAGAUGAACAGGUUUUCUAUGCAGUUCAUGCUUUCCAAGCACGAAGUGACCAUGAACUCAGCCUCCAGGAGUACCAGAGAGUCCAUAUACUGAGGUUUUGUGAUCUAAGUGGGAAUAAAGAGUGGUGGCUGGCGGAAGCCCAAGGACAGAAAGGCUACGUGCCAGCUAACUACCUUGGGAAGAUGACGUAUGCUUAAGAAGACAAGCAGAAAAUGACGUCAUUUCCUGGCAGGUUACUGAUUGACUACCUCAUGAAACAGACACGGAAACUUCAGACCAGAAACAGUGCAUCAUGUUUUAAGGAAAAUCUUGCUUCCUAAUAGGAUGAUUUUGUUGAUGUAUAAAAAAAUAGUUGUUGAUAGAUAUUACCAAGAGAAACAGCAGAGAAUAGACAGCCUGGACUCCAACUACAUAUUUAAAGGUACAGAUCUUUCUAAAAGAUAUAUUUUGUUUAUCAACACCAAGGAGUAAAAGAAUAAGGUUUUCACUUUAUUGUAAUUUUUUUUUUACUGUACUUGCCUUAAACAUUUUUUACAUCUUAUUUGCACACACAUGCUAUAUAUAUAAUAUAUAUUUUGCAGCUUAUACAUGAUGAGUAUGAUACAGAUUAUACAUAUCUGUAUAUAUAUGUAUUAUAAAUGACAGAAUAAUUACACAUAAAAAUAAUUAACAGGUAAUUAGAAAUCUUUCCAAUUUUAAUGCAUUUUUAAUCAAAAGGGAAACAAAAUAUUGAUAAUAUCCAAAACUUACUAAAAGUAUACCACAUGGUAGACAUUGCUUUAGAUUAUUUAUAUAAUUUAAUACAACAUAAAGAAUAAACAUUGCUUGCAAGUGGUAGAGGUGCAUGCUUUCAAGGUCUCUGUUCCUAAUGAUUACAUCAUACACUCUUUGAAUACAAAUCAGUGAUGUAAAUAAUGGGCCUGGAGGAAAUCAUUCUCAGAUCCACAUUUCAAUAUUUAACAGCUUUUCAAAAUGAAUAGCUUCCAAAGACUUCCAUACAAGCCUGGGAGAGAAAAAUGAAGUAUCCAGAUUUAUUAUUUGUACUUUUAUUGUUGUGUUUAAGCAUGUAUGAAAUUGUCUUAAAGCUGCUGUAUAUGAUUACUGAUGAAACUUUAAUGAGGAAAUGUUUUCCUUAAUGAUUUGGAGAUGCAUAUGGAAUGUGCAUUCCACUUCAGAGACAAAAAUGUAAAUGCUUUAGUGGCCUGUUUGUACUCACACAAACUAGCUAUAACCCCCACGCUCAGGGCAUUGUGUUUUAACUUGGGUUCUGCUCAGAGAACUGGCCUCCAAAAUUUCAGGCAUAUUCAUUCAAUCACGACAUGUGAUUGGAUGAGAAUAGAUAAAGUGGAACAGACACAGGGAGGACAUGAGCCAGGGAGAGCGUUCAGAAGUAGAGGAGGAAAACAAAAAUAAUUGGAUGAAACAACUCUAUAGAGGAAGUUUUAUGAAGACGCAAAUGUCUGGCAUGCAUUCACUUGGUCAGCAUUACUGCAUAUCUGCUGCUUACCAGGCAUCCUGGUAGAUUGAAGGCUUUAGCACAGUUCAAAUCAACACAGUGCCUUGCCAUGUGAAGUUUACAGUCCGAAGAGGACAGUCCUAUUUAGAGAACUAAAACCAUGAUGAACACUAGCAAUAAACAGUGUGCUUAGAGGAUCAUGUAACAGUGAUCUUCGUAAUUUUGAUUUAGCGGUGACUCAUAAUUAAUGUAGAUUUUAAUUGCCCAUAAAAUUCCUAAUGACACAUUUUAAGAUUUCUUACUUGGAGAGAUUAGAUCCAUUUGAUGUACAUAUAUUACUCUGCAUUUAUAACUGAGCAAUAUCUAUGACAAAAUAAAAAGUUUUACUUCUACUGCAGCUGACUGAAUGUCAUACCCUCUUCCCUUAUAUGAAGGAAAGUUUGUACUACUACGGAAUUCUUGAAAACAGCUUUAUAAAAUUUUCCUAACGUGGCUUUUGCACAGACUGCUUUCUUUUUUAAGUAGGAUAACAAAAGAUUUUCUAAAAGAUAUUAGAGACUUUAAAUCUUUUUUGUAAUUGCCCUUGAAUUCAUUUUUAAAACAUAAAUUUGUUUGCCUAAGGUUAAACAAAAAGAAAUUGAAAGUUGCUACAUAAGGACAUUAUGACAAUGUUCAGAGGCAUAAUUUACACAGUGCAGCGUGUACCUGCACACCUGUAUGUAACAUUGAGCGUCAGUGUUUCACACAAAAAUAGUUAUAUCAACAGCACAAAUUAUAUCAAUAGCACAGAUUUCUGGCUGAAAUAGGUGAUUACAUGCAGGAGCAACUUUGUCUACUGGUGUGGGCCUAGGAGUGAUGCAUCCCGUCUGACUGUUGAAAAAUCUACACCAGGACAAUCAACACUUCAGUUAGCUCCAGAGGAAGAACCAUUAUGAAGCCAGUGAUUGCAACUUUCCUAUCAUGAUGAGCACGUUACUACAAAUGAGCUCUGAAAAACUACAUAACACCUUCAUUUUCUACUUACUUUCCUUAAAAUCAAUAGACAUAAGACAUAAGGACAUGGACAUAGAAGGACCCCACACACACACACAUCAAUAAAUUGUAAUUUUAAAAUUAUACAUUAUUUUACUAGACCUCAAAAAACAAAUUUUCAAGAUAGCAUAUAGGAUGUUUGUAUUUAAGCAGUUCAAAAGAUGAAACCAUUGGUUGCAUCAGUAUAAUUGCAACUACACAAGCUAAUGCAUUUUGUUAUAUUACUCUUUAAAUUAAUAUUGUACAGAAUAAGAUCCUCUGAAGUGGGCAAUUAAUUUUACCAAGAUGAAGAGGAAGAUUUUGUGGCUAUUUUUGUUUUUAAAAUAAAUAAAAAUAUAUGCAUCUUAUUUACAUUUCAAUUUUGAAAUGCACAUGUUCAAAACUACUAGUAUAUGUAAUAAAGUGUAGUGAGUAUAAAAUACACAUCUAGUAAUAUAAAAUUGUCAUUUGUGUGAAAUCAUGAAGUCACACAACUACUACUGGAACAUUCUUUAUAUUUCAGAAAAAAUAGCUUGAAUUUGAAAGGUGGGUAGAGGCGAAGACAGAUACAUGGUUAGUCACAGUAAUAGAGCAAUGUGUGAUGGAUGUUAAACAUUCAAUCCUUCCAAAAUAUAAUUCAGAUUUUGUGCAAUUGCUUUUUAAAUGCCUGAUGCUAUUUGGGAUGAACAUAGUUGGGGUGAUUUACAAAAAUGAGUGUUUCAGCUACUGAAUCAUAGAAUUAAAAAUUCUUGGAUUUUCUCGUCCACUUCUUAGACUUUUUUCUACCACGUUAACCUCACACAGCUGUAUGAAUAAAAAGAGAAAAUCUUAAGACAUAAAACCCUCUAGGUCGUUUGCAGUAACUUCCUAAUAUAUUAGGCAGUAUAGCUUCCUAUUAUACCCACUUCAUUGCUAACUAGUGACCUCACAUUCAACAUUCAGACCUCACAAAACUCAGGCUGAACAAACUUAGACAUUUACAUCGUAGUCAUAAAGAUGUAACUACAGUUCACCGGCUAGACAGACACUGAACUUGGAAUUCUGUAGGAAAAGAUCCUGUUUAAAUUUAGGAUGCAACUUGUAACAUCUAAUGUUGUAGCUACUUCCCUCUCUAUAUACACACAGAUGUAAGAACUCAUCACUUUUAUGUGAUCUACAAAACUACUCUAGUUCAUGUUACCUUUCCUCA